AGUUGCUGCAGGAGCCGGGCAGCCGCAGGACGCAGCAGCUUCCUCCCUCGUUCCCUGCCGUCUCUCGAGGACCUGAGACCAGCUGCGUGAAGCCCGAAAGGUGCCCCCGCCAUGGGGCUGCUCCUGCUGCUGCUGGCGCUGGCUCUGGCACCGGGACGGAUGGCUGCAGCCCGCUGCCCUGCAGUCUGCAUCUGUGACAACCUCCGUGCGCACGUCCUGUGCCUCAGGCGGAACCUGACAGCCGUACCUGACACCAUCCCCGAGCUCACCAAGCAGCUGGACCUGCGGGGCAACAGCUUCAAGGUGCUGACAGCCGGAGCCUUCCUCAGCACGCCGUACCUCACACACCUGGAUCUGCGCAACUGCCAGCUGGACAGGGUGGAGGAAGGGGUCUUCCGAGGGCUGGGGCGGCUGCUUCACCUCAACCUGGCCUCCAACAGCAUCGCUGUCCUCUACCAGGAGGCGCUGGACGGGCUGUCCUCCCUGCAGCAGCUCAUCCUGCGGCAGAACAACCUGGAGGAGAUGCAGCCAGGCGCUUUUAGCCGCCUGGCGUCCCUCACCCUCCUCGAUCUGAGGGAGAACGCCUUGGUCUACCUCCCAGACAUGGUCUUUCAGGGCCUGCAGAGCCUCAGGUGGCUGCGGCUGUCCCACAAUGCGCUCCAUGUGUUGGGCAGCGAGGCCUUCACAGCCCUGCCCGCCCUGCGCAGGCUCAGCCUGGACCACAAUGAGCUGCAGACGCUGCCCAGCGAUGCUCUGUCACGGCUGAGCGAGGUCACGCAGCUGGAGCUGGGCCACAAUCCCAUCACCUACCUGGCCGAGGAGGCUGUGGCCAUGGUGUCCCUCCAGCACCUCUCCAUGGAGCAUGCGGCCCUGCAGGACGUGGCACCAGAUGCCUUCUCCCGCAGCCCCCUGCUGAGGACACUAAAUCUGACACACAACCAGCUGCGGGGGCUGCCUGCCUUGGUGGGGGCCGGGAGGUUGGUGAGGGUCAGCCUGGAUGGGAACCCCCUGCUCUGCUCCUGCCUCCUGCUCCCCUUCCACCGCUGGACAGGGCGGGCAAGAGUGCAGGCAGAGGGGACUUGCGUGGCACCCCCAGCCCUCCAGGGCCGACCCCUCGACUCCCUGCGGCCCUCUGAGAUGAAGUGUGGGCAGCCCCAGCUGCCUGCCCUUAACCCCACCAUGCCCUCGGUGCAGACCGGGGGAACCACAGGUGGGCCAUGUCCUGCGGGCUGCACCUGCUCCCCUGAAUUCCACCACUCUAACUGCGAGAACAGAGGCCUGCGCAAGAUCCCUUGUAGCUUCCCCACAGACACCCAGCUCCUCGACCUGCGCCGCAAUGCCCUGGGGACGGUGCCUAUGGGUGCGUUCCUGGGCCUGAAGGCACUGGUGUCCCUGCACCUGCAGAGCUGCGGCAUAACAGAGCUGCAUCCUGGGGCGCUGCGGGGGCUGCCCAGCUUGGUUUACCUCUACCUCUCUAACAACCACCUCAGCACAUUGGUGCCCGCUGCCUUUGAGGGGGUCCCACAGCUCUCCUACCUGCACCUGGAUCACAACGCCUUUACGCAGGUGCCCUCGGGUGCCUUCCAGCUUCUGCCCAACCUCUUCUCCCUCCACCUUCAGCACAACGCCAUUGGGGAGCUGGCCGAAGGUGACCUGGCAGGGUUGGCGGGGCUGCGCUGGCUGAGCCUGGCUGGGAACUCCAUCAGGAGCAUUGAGCCCGCUGCCCUGGCUGCCACCAAGGUGCUGGAGAAGCUACACCUGGAGAGGAACUCCCUGCAGGAGGUGCCCACAGCCUCCCUGCAGCACCUGCCAAGCCUGAGUGAACUGAAGCUGUCUGGAAACCCCAUCAAGCACAUCAGGGGUGGCGCCUUCCUGCCUGUGGCCAGGAGCCUGCAGCACCUCUACCUGGACAACAUGGGGCUGGAGCAGAUUUCCCCCAGUGCCUUUGCUGGCCUUGGACCCAAGAUCAAAAGCCUGCAUCUGGAGAGCAACAAAAUGAGCAACAUUCCUGACAUGAGCAACUUCACAGGGCUGGAAAUCCUCAAUCUGAGGGAUGUGCCUUUCCACUGCGACUGCCGGCUGCUGCCCCUGCACAGGUGGAUCGAGAAACUCAACUUGCGCAUAGGGGCCACCUGUGCAUCCCCUGCAGAAGCCCAGGGGCAGAAGGUGAAGUUUUCCACCACAUUCCAAAACUGCCCCAGCUGGAGAGCCAGAGGAGCCAGUGCUGACAAGGCUAAGGCUGCAAGAAAGCCCAGCAAGAAGAAAUCAGAAAAACCACCAUCCAGAGGCUCCAGGAAAAACAAAGCUUAGGAAACACAUGCAAAGUGCUACAGGGCUGUUCCUACAACAUGACAAGAGCGGUUUCUGGGCUUGUCCUCACUGCAGCAACACAGAGCUUGUACAGGAUAUGAAGGAGAGAGCUUGGCCACAGCAGAGCAAUGCUGACUUGCCAAGGCCAAGGGUGGUGGACGCAAGGCUUGUCCUUGCAGAACACAGAGGCACGUUAUUCCUGUAAAGGACUCGUGUGAAAGCUUCCGUAGUGUUUGCAAUGUGCUUUACCCGAUGACUCCAACAGCAAGGCCAUAUGCUUGCUUUACCUUCACAAGCCUUCAAAAGCCACGUGGAAAAGCUGAAAUCCACAAGCGUUCAGAAAUGCUGAAGCAGCGUGGAGAAAGACUGGAAGAAGCUGAAGCACAACAUCCUGCGCUGGCUCAAAUCUUAAGAGAAAACUUAACAAUCAUAAUCAAAGAAUACACUGCCUGAAAUCCCAGCUGCUCCUUAGAAUUAAAACAAAAGCAGAUUGAAAUCUU